CGUGUUCAUCCCUCUCUCUGGCGGCCCCCCAGAGUGAGGGAGAUAAGGAAGAAAAUAGGGAGGGGUGGAGCUGGAGGGCCCUCAGGAGCUGGGGGCCCGUGUUCUUUGAACCCUUUCGCUCAAUUAUAGCUACGCCCCUGCCGGGUAUCCUCUGGCUCUGGAUGACAGACAGGAAAUGGAGCAUCGCUGGAGGCCAACUAAGAUGAAAGCAACCAAGAAGAGCUGCCAACAAGUCUAAUAGUUGCGCUUUUCCAUUCUGAGUAAACAGUGCUGUGUGUGGUGUGAGUGGUGAAGUUUGUCCGCCAUUGAACGUUGCCAGUUCUUGGUUUCAGCUCCAGGAAUGAUUGGCUUUUCUCUAGAAAGAAGUGACUGGGCCAGAUCAGGAGCAGAGUGGGCAGAGAUCAGCCCCAGGCUUCAAAGCUUUCUCCAGACAGCAUCAUGAGGUUCAAGGCCAUCUCCCUCCUUCUAAGCAUCCUGGCCCUCUGGGGCAGCCGGUCGUCAGUGUCUGCAGACUUGGGUGUAUGCAGCCUCCCUCCCGAUGGGGGACCCUGCUAUGUGCUAGAAGAACGCUGGUUCUUCAACAUGGAGGCCAAAGGAUGCGAGCCUUUCAACUAUGGCGGAUGUGGAGGGAACGAGAACAAUUUCAACAUGCGGGAGAACUGCGAGGUUUCUUGUGGUCAUUACGGCUGAUGCGGGUCCCAGAGAUCACCAGGCACCCCCCACCAGUGGCAGCUCCUGAAAAGCUGAGAGGGUCGCAUUACUCUGCAGCUGGAAGCCAGAUGACUUCUCCUCUUUGGAAGUAAAUGUGUUUUUCAUGCCCCACAAAUAAAGGAAGCAGGCCUGGA